UUUCCCGCUCUCUUCAUGGUGUAUGGUUGACGUGCCUCUUGAACCCUUCCACAAGCAUGGGUCGAUGUUUCUGAUCAACUGCCUUCUUCUCUUCAAUAUAUUGCUCAGGGCAUCCAGCAUGGCGACGGUGUUCGCAUCCCCGUCGCCUUCCCCAAAGGCGCCCCGCCUUCUUGUCCUCUUCUCGCAUCUCUCGAUAUCCAUCUUUGCGGCUUGGGUCGCAAUUGUGUCGGCAUUAUUCUGGUGCACGAUGCGCUCGAAUAGUGUCCAGUUUUUCGUACAUCGAGGCUGCCAUUUUUUAGGAAUUGCUGACGAUGGGAAACGAGGCAAGAUCGGUGCGGAAUCGGUGACGUGCAUUAGAGUAGUACGCGAGACUAACAUGCAACAUGAUCUGAGAAUCAUCAGUCUCUUAUACUCAUUCCUGUAAUUCGAUGUCGAACCAAGCAAGGUGUUACCUCAUCGUCUCAUCGGCCGUGUCCGAGUCUGUUGACACGCGUCUCCGAGGUUCGGAGGGCUCAAAGGGGCUACCUAUACAUGCUUGAGCACCCCACUUACCUGCCGCCUCGCCGCGUGAAAGCGGAGACGCGCUCUCCCUCCUCUGCCAGCUCCAUGUUUCCAGACCGUUAGAUGCUCGUGAAGUGGUG